AUAAUGCAUUGUUCAUCCUUGUUUAACGUUUGACAAAUAACAAGGAUGAACGAUGCAUCAUGCGUAAACGGAACGUACCCCUGGUAGUGGGUAGUGCUAGUGCUGAACCAUCCAACCCAACCUGACCUGACACGAUCAGCAGGUAGACAGUGACGGACGUCAACCGAGCGAACACUUUUCUCAGCGAUGUUGAGCGACGUUGACCGUCGCGAAUGACUCGGUCGUAGCGUCGACGCGAAUUAUGGCGAGUCGUAAGAGGACCGACGACGAUUCAUGUCGUCGGUCGUCAUUGCCGAAACGUCACGUGUGGUCUUCGUCGUCUGACGAGGAAGAGGAGAUGAGGAAAACGGUAACCUCCUGGCCGCCCUGUGUGGCAACAUGUAAAGACUCUCGAUCGCCUUUGGGGAACGAAGUUGUCUUCCUGCCGUCCUUGUCAUCUGAUGAGGAGAAGAUCUCCGUUCAUUGUCGGGACACUCAGUCCAGGAACAAUCCGUCGCCAUCAUCGGACCGCUUCGGUAGAAGUCGCGUUGACCCCGUGGAACAGUCGACAGGUCAAGACACGUCAUCCCGUCGCGACAACAACCCCUUCAGUUUUAAGGCCUUCUUGAAGAAUGGCACACAGCAGACCAACUAUCAUAACACUGGGGCAAGGCCCAAAGUCUACUCAUCCUCUGUGUCAAGUCCUGUCAGCGUUCUUAACAAGGAUAAUGUUGGCGUUUACUCUGGUCGAAAUCCAACGGAAUUGCCAGACUUUGUACAGGAUCACCUUGUCAUUGAACAAUGUUAUCUGAGCCAUGAGAACAGUCAACCAGUGCUACCUGAUGUGGAUAAUUUACCAGAUUUUGCAUUAAAUAGUAUGGAACAAAGGCAAUCUCGAUUGCGAAACGAGACUAAAAAGAAUGACUCCGAUGUCUUGUGCGACGAUCUGCGAUCAUUUGAUCUUACCGAUACGCUACACAGAGAUCAUCCUGUACAGAAUUCAUUGCAUUCGAAUCACUUGGACUUGCCUGUAUUUGAGGGUAGACUCAACGAAAACGCGUCUUCUCUUCCUCGCCCUGAACACAAAGGAUUUCCAUUUGAUUUACCAUUACCCUUUCCUAACUCCAAUCCCAAUGUAAGUGCCACACGAGAUGAUUUCCCAUCAGGAGGUGAAACAAACAUUCAUAAGUCUCUGCCAGACUUCUUAAGUGAUGGUCCUAUACAUAACAGAUCUACUGAUUCGGAACCUACUGUGAGCAUAACAGAAUCUACAGAAAGAAGGCUUUUACUUGAGAAUGAAAUAUUACGCCAGCACUUAGAAGCCUCUCGAAGACAACUUAGUGAAAAAAUGGAAAGAAUUCGCUCAUUGGAGGGAGAACUAUUGUCUAAAAAAAAAGUUGAACAUGAAGAAACUAUGCACUUGGAAAAAGCAAUGGAGCAAGUCGAAGAUAAUUUAAAACGAAGUACAAAGCGAGCAGUUGAUGCCGAAAGCACUGUCACAUCAUUGAAAAAAGAAAUUAAGGCUUUAACGACAGAGAUAUCUUUGUUACGACUGGAGAACAGUGAACUUCGAGCCAGUAUCUCGACGGCUGGACAAAAUGAAUCUAACGCUAGUGCUGUUAACGUGAAUCAUACGGUUAGAAGGCUUGCACGUGAUUUAUUUGCGGCAGCAUCGUCAGCUGAAGUAUCCCUUAGACAGUUAAUGUCUGGUGUGGACAACCUGAGAGUGCUCGCAUCGACCCUCGAGAACGUGGACAGGAUAGAAGAUUGGACCAAAGAUUUUUUACCUGAUUCCGACGAGGAUAAUGCUGCCGGUCCUGCAGUAUAAUAGAAUUUUCUCUCUUUCUCAACGUGUGUGGGUGUGUGUGCGCGUGUCUGUGCGUGCGUGUGUGUGCGUGCGUGUGUGCGUAUGUUAUACAUAUUCGUAUUUUCACACUAUUUCCCCUUUUAUCACUUUUCAUCGCGUAUCCCAUCUAUUCACAAUUUUACUACACAUCCCAAUGAUAAAUUGAUCCAUGUCAAUUCAACACAUUAAUACAUUGCUGCGCAAUGUAUUGAUACAUUGAAUGUAAUGAGAAUUUAUUAUCUAAUCGUAUUUGUUGUGUAUA